AAAUCCCAUUUUACUCAGUGUUGCUUAUUUCUGAGUCGACAGUCUAAGAUUGCAAUUCAACCCUGCAAAGCCUUUAUUCGGGAGUUGCUGCAAUUCGUUGUCUGUCAGCCUUCUGAGCCCUAAUCUGAAAUGUGGAGAUCACAAUAUAGGCUGAUUGUAAACUCAAUCUCAAUCUGCAAUAUGGGGAUUUUAACAGUAGGUGACAUCACAGGAUUGUCGUAAACCAGUUGUUUUCCGAGCCCAAUUCAAGGUGUUGGUAUUGACCUUUAAAUCCCUACACGGUUCCGGCCCAGUUUAUCUCACGGAGCGCCUUCAACGCCACCAAUUAUGCCGCCCGACAAGAUCGGCCACACAGGGCCUUCUCUCAAUCCCGCCAACAAAAACAGGCAGAUUGGCGGGUACAAGAGAGAGGGCAUUCUCAGUGGCGGCCCCCACUCUGUUUCGGAAAGCCUUAAAGACCUGGCUCUUUCAGCAGGCCUUCGGGGUAUCCGGGGAGGGUUAAUUGUUAUAACUGUAAUGCCUCCUGCCCAAUUUUAAUAUUGUUGCUGCAGAUGUAUUGUUUUUAUAUUGUAUUACUGUAUUUUAUCAAUUGUAUUUUAACAAUUUUGUAAGUCGCCUAGAGUGGCCAUUGGCCAGAUAGGCGACGAAGAAAUUAAAUUUAUUAUUUAUUUUUCAGCCCCAGUCCCCUUCCUAAUUGACCAUAUUGCAGGGCUAUAAUGAGAAUACAGGGCUAUAAUGAGCAAUUCUCAAACCUUUCUAUGGGGGCUGUAUUGAUCGCUGUAUAUUACUAUGCGCUAUGUCUGCAGUUAUAGUGAAAUUAAUUAUUUUUUAAAGAACUUUUGAGUCUACUUUCUCCGCACACAAUAGACCCGAGUUUGACUGUGUCCGCUACCGAAUAGAAUUCAGGGAGUUCUUCAUAUUUGGUGCAGUAAGUCCUGAUAGACUUGGGAACUCCAGCUGCUGAGGCCAGUUGUCUAAACUCCCCACCAUGCGUUGGAUCUGCCCCUUCUUCAUAAAAGCUGCUCACAGGAGACAUCACCAGCCAGUACAGUUUUGCAUUUUACAGGCCUUUUCCAGUCAACUCCCCAACCAGGUGAUUGAAGAUGUGGUAAAUCAACCAUCACCACAGCUGGAAGCUGCUGCAGAAAAAGGAAACAUAAUUAUCAAAACUGCCAAAGGCACCAGGGAUUUUAGCCCAAAGCAGAUGGUCAUCCGGGAAAAAAUCUUCAACACCAUAAUCAGCUGCUUCAAGCGUCAUGGAGCUGCAACAAUAGAUACCCCUGUGUUUGAGCGGAAGGAACUCUUGUUGGAGAACUAUGGGGAGGAAUCAAAGUUAAUCUAUGACCUGAAAGACCAAGGGGGAGAGUUGCUGUCUCUUCGCUAUGACUUGACUGUGCCAUUUGCUCGUUAUUUGGCCAUGAACAAAAUUACCCAUUUUAAGCGCUAUCACAUUGCAAAAGUCUACAGACGUGACAGCCCAUUGAUGGCAAGGGGGCGCUACAGAGAGUUCUGCCAGUGUGAUUUCGACAUUGCUGGCCAGUAUGAUCCCAUGAUUCCCGAUGCAGAGUGUCUGAAGGUCAUGCAUGAGAUCCUAAGUGCCCUGCAGGUUGGAGAUUUCCUCAUCAAAAUCAAUGAAAGGCGUAUUUUGAAUGGGAUCUUUACUACAUUUGGUGUCCCCAACACUAAAUUUGAAACAGCUUGCUCUACCCUUGACAAGCUGGACAAGGUGACAUGGGAGGAAGUGAAAAAUGAAAUGGUAGAAGAGAAAGGGAUUUCACCAGAGGCUGUAGAUCAUAUUGGUGAAUACGUUCAGCUUCAUGGGGGACUGUGCCUGAUUGACAAGUUACUUCAGGAUCCAAAGCUGUCACAGAGUAAGCUUGCCAUGGAAGGUCUGGAGGACAUGAAGUUGCUGUUUGAAUACCUUACUCUGUUUGGCAUAAUUGAUCAGGUAACCUUCGAUCUGAGUCUGGCACGUGGUCUAGAUUACUAUAGUGGAGUGAUCUAUGAAGCUGUCCUGCUGCACCAACAGGAAGAUCACUUACAGGAGUCUCUCAGUGUGGGCAGUGUGGCUGCAGGUGGACGCUAUGAUGGUCUUGUAGCAACAUUUGAUCCAAACGGAAAGAAAGUACCCUGUGUAGGAGUGAGCAUUGGUGUCGAAAGGAUCUUUUCCAUCAUAGAAUGGAAUGCUGAGAUGUCCAAGGAGAAGAGCCGCACAACAGAGACACAAGUGCUGGUAGCAGCUGCUCAGAAGAACUUCCUUGCUGAGAGAAUGAAGCUCAUCUCUGAACUCUGGGAUGCUGGCAUCAAGGCAGAGAUGCUGUAUAAGAAAAACCCCAAAUUCCUGAACCAACUGCAAUACUGUGAAGAAACGGGAAUCCCACUUGUUGUUGUCAUAGGGGAACAGGAACAAAAUGAUGGAGUUGUGAAACUUCGGGAUGUCACUAGCAGGAAAGAGGUCAAUGUUCCUAAAGAGAAGCUCAUAGAGGAGAUCAAGAAAAGAAUGGAAAAAGAGAGCCCUUCUUUUCUUCUUUUAAUCUAGCAUCAUUGUGCAGCUUGGAAUGCUGUCGGCCUGUAAAGCCAACUGGUGGUAUUCAGCAUUUCUGAGGAACUGGAAUUUUGGACACAUGCCUCUCUUCUUUUUCCUUCUGGCUGGGCACUCAGCCUUGGGGAAUCCUGAACAGAAUGAGACGAUGCCUUUAUUGAAACAAAUAUGUUUAAAACCCUGAAAGCAAAUUUUUAUGUUCAAUUUAGUUGACACUCUUUUCCUGAUCUUCCCUUUGUGCCUUUAAUAAUAAUCCAUAUUUCCCAUGUUUUCAGGCUAUUUGAUGCAGAAUUGUUUGUGGAAUCUAAAUCACCUAUAUCUAAGCAAUAUAUUAUAGCUUUGACCCUAAAACCAGUAGUGGAAGUCAAGAUGGCUGAUGCCAACUUCUUACCAGCAUAAAUUGGUUCUUGCAGUCACAUUGCAUAACUAAAUUUUGAUGAAAAUGGGAAAGCAAGUUAAUAUUUAUCUGUUUAUAAAAAUAUUUGUAUAUCUCAAUUUCAUAAAGAAUAUCAAAGUAGUUUACAAUAGUUAUAAUACAACAAAGAAAACACAUGUCCUAGUAUCCAUCCCAAAGCUUUUAAAAGCCUAUGUUGAGAAAUUCAAAACUGCGGUCAAUUGAAAUUUGUUUUGGGUAAUGUCACAAUAUAUGUUAUGAAGCCAAUUGUGAGUCUUAGAAUAUUAAAUGAUGGGUCAUUUUAUGUAUAAACUGGCCUCCUAUGAUAUCCUGAUGGAAAUUUAAAAAUCCUUAAAGGCUGCUAAAGUUACUGCAUCUCAGUUAAUAUAGCGAUGUAUGCAUCAUUUUGUAGUCGGAAAAAUGAAACCUUUAGAAGCACAGAAAUAGCAUCUGAUGUUACCUUAGAACAACUGUUUAUGACUUCCUGUUUUUAUAUCUGCUUUUUAUUACUAUUUUUAUAUCUGCAAGAUAAAUAUUUCUGCUGUGGAAGCAAAGUAAUAGGAUUCCAUGACCAGUUUAUAGGGAUAAAACAGUAAGUUGAUUUCCCUGAUGUUUUGAUAAAACUACAUUUAGCAGGUUUAUUUUCCUGAAUCUAAGCUGCCAAAAGGGAAAACUAAAAUUCUUCAUAUAUAUUUAUUCAGAGCUCAAAAUGAAAGAACAUGUUGCUUAUACAAAUCUUAGGAGGCUUUUAAAAAAUCGGAUGACAUUGCUCUUGUCCACAAAGGUUGUCCAGUUAUAUGAACCCCAUAAAACAAAGCAGUGAAAGAUUUCACUUGAAAAUGGAUUUCUAAAAACCGAGAUGAUGAGGGCAGGUGUCCUGCUGGUCACUGACUAAAAAUUACUGACUUUGACCUGAAUUAGCAAAUGUAUGGGUUAAUAUGUUGUGUAUUCUGUUCCUUCUCCCAUAAGAAUGCUGUUAGACCAAAUGGUCCGGUAGAAGAAACAUUCCAUCUUCCUUUUGUUUCUUCUUUGGUUUUGUAGAGACUGCAGAAAAAGCAGCACCCAGGAUAGUACAGGUGCUGUUCCUUUCUGUUCGCAAACACUGCAUACUUCCUAAGCAGUGGAAUGGGCCACAUUGAACUAAACGGAAAGAAUAGUUAAUUCUGCAUCCACGCAGAAGUGCUUAAAUAGCUAUUAAUACUGAAACCUGCAGUCUUAGUUUAUUUUUUUUCCUCUCUAAAAUACCACACCACCCACCUUAAGUUAGAACAAUGUGAUCUGUAGUAGUUCCCUUUUCUGCUUCCUUUUGUUGAUCUUGAACAACCAAAAUGUUAGGGUGAUACCCAGUGUUAGCCAUGCUCUGAGUGGCCCUAUUGAAAUAAAUUGAAUUAAGUUCACUGAUUUCAGUGGGUCUGCUCUGAGUGUGACUUGUUGGAUAUCACCCAAGCUCUUUUUUCUUUUAGAUUUUUUUCAAAAUGUUAUUUAAAUUAUGCUGUGUAAUAUAAAGUACAGUCACAAAGUGGAGGUUGGCCAUGACAUUGAAUCAAGCUAAAAUGUUCCAUAGUGGAGAUGAUUUGUCAUUGGUACUUUGUAGCUAAACCUUCACUGGUUAUCAUGCACUCCUUUAUCUGGCAGGAAAUCUAACUGAGGCAAGCUUGGCUAAAAAUAAGUAUAGAAACAAAUAGAAACCUAGUGGCAACCCACUCAGAGCCCAAAGAAAGCACAUACAUUUAAAACCUGCACAUUUUCUUCUCUGGUACAGUGUCCACGUUCUGGGCAUGACUGGCCAAAAUAACAACUUACCUUAACAAAAAGUUUGCUUAUGUAUUUUAUAUUUAAAAAGAACCAUUGUCUUACAAAUAAAAUAAUUCUGUAGGUAUUAAAAUAAAGAA